UUUUUUUUCACGUGGUUUUUUUAAAGAAGUUUAAAAGGUUCAUUACCCAUUAGGCGUUUAUUAAUUUAAAUUUAAUCAUGCCCAAGGUGAAAACGGAGAAGAAAUCAAGAGUACACAAUGAAGUGCAAAAACAGGGUAUUGUUUUCAACAAGGAUUUUGGUCAACAUAUACUUAAGAAUCCCUUAAUCAUUACCGCUAUGCUGGAAAAAGCGGCACUGCGACCGACUGAUGUGGUAUUGGAAAUCGGUCCUGGCACAGGAAACAUGACAGUCCGCAUCCUGGAGAAAUCCAAAAAGGUGAUCGCCUGUGAAAUAGAUACUCGUCUCGCUGCCGAGCUGCAAAAGCGUGUCCAGGCCACCCCAUUGCAGCCCAAGUUGCAGGUGCUAAUUGGUGACUUUCUUAAAGCCGAACUGCCAUUCUUUGAUCUAUGCAUUGCCAAUGUGCCAUAUCAGAUAAGUUCGCCACUGAUAUUUAAGCUGUUGCUACAUCGUCCCCUCUUUCGCUGUGCUGUGCUGAUGUUCCAACAGGAAUUCGCACAACGUCUGGUGGCCAAGCCGGGCGAUAAGCUAUAUUGCCGCUUGAGCAUUAAUACCCAGCUGUUAGCUCGCGUCGAUAUGUUAAUGAAGGUGGGCAAGAACAAUUUUAGGCCACCACCCAAGGUGGAGUCAAGUGUAGUUCGCCUGGAGCCGAAAAAUCCACCGCCACCUGUUAAUUUUACCGAAUGGGAUGGUCUCACGCGCAUUGCCUUUCUGCGUAAGAAUAAAACCCUGGCGGCCACCUUCAAAGUAAACUCUGUGAUCGAGAUGCUCGAGAAGAAUUACAAAUUGUAUCGUUCACUAAGGAAUGAGCAACUUGAGGAAAACUUUAAUAUGCAAGCGAAAAUAAUUCGCAUUCUUGAGGCACUAGACAUGGCCACGAAACGUGCCAGAUCAAUGGACAUUGAUGAUUUUAUGCGUCUGCUGCUGGCCUUCAAUUCGGCGGGUAUACAUUUUAACUAGUUACGAAAAUGAUUUUUGUUUAAUUUAGCAUAAUUGCAUUAGUUAGUUUCUUUUCUAAUUAACAAUUUAGUAUAUUUGUAUGCAGUUUAGAGUAUACAUAAAAUGUUAAUGCACUUGACUUAACCAUACUUAAGUGAAAGUGCCGAUUUCUGACCAAGAAAUGCUCACCUAUGUUGAUCAUUUAACCAUAUCGUCCAAUAUUUAAAACUUCAGCGUCAGAAUUGGCAGUAAAAUGUAAAUAAAAGUACAUUAUAACGUA